CAUGAAAGGAGAAAGCAGGGGCAUUUAAGAAAGGAAGGGAGAAGAUUUGAAGAAGGUUAUAGUUUUCUUCCCUAGAAGGACAUUCCUUGCCAAAGUUGACCAUGGGUUGGGCUGUGUUCUUCCUUGCACUCCUCACUUACUGCACAGGCAUUCAUGGCGAGUCCCCUUGGACUCAGCCUCCUUCCAGCUCCGUUUCCCUGGGUGGAUCCAUUACGAUCUCCUGCUCAACUACUCAGAGUUCCCGCAGCAUCUACUGGUAUCAACAGAAAGCAGGAAGCCCACGUUUUGUCCACUGUGAUGGCUGCAGCAGGGGAGAAGGGAUCCCAGAUCGUUUCACGGCCACCAGAUCUGGGAGUACAGGAUCCUUGGCCAUCACCAAUGCUCAGGCUGAAGAUGAGGCAGAUUAUUACUGUGGUAUCUGGAACACAGCAGUUACCCAGUUGCACGGCAUCAAUGGUCAGUCCACUUGGACUCAGCCUCCCUCCAGCUCCGUUUCCCUGGGUGGAACCAUUACAAUCUCCUGCACAACAACUCAGAGUUCCUACUGCAUUGGCUGGUAUCAACAGAAGCCUGGAGAAGCUCCUCGCUAUGUCCAAUGUAGCGGAUACAGCAGGGGAGAAGGGAUCCCAGAUCGGUUCACUGUCACCAAAUCUGGGACUACAGGAUCUUUGGCCAUCACCAAUGUGCAGCCUGAAGACGAGGCAGAUUAUUAUUGUGGGAGCUUGAACAGUGCAGCUACUCAGUUGCACGGUGGUGAACUCUUAUGGGGAACUGUGGCAAAAACCUUCACUCUUCCUCUUCAGGUGAAACAAGAAGCAACGUACCUUGACUUAUGA